GGCACUCAGCGCAGCUCGGUGCAAAAAGGCAACAAUUGCGACCGGCGUGCAAACAGCACGGAUCGUACUGAACAUUUGACACGGCACCAGAGAACACACACAGGAGAGAAACCCUUCAAGUACAGUGUGUGUGGGAAGGCGUUUGAACCUUCAUCUGGUCUUUUAAAACACCAGAGAACACACAUGGGAGAUAAACCCUUCAAGUGCAGUGUGUGUGGGAAGGCGUUUGCACAUUCAUCUGCUCUUGUAACACACCAGAGAACACACACGGGAGAUAAACCCUUCAAGUGCAGUGUGUGUGAGAAGGCGUUUGCACAGUUAUCUACUCUUGUAACACAUCAGAGAACACACACAGGAGAGAAACCCUUCAAGUGCAGUGUGUGUGGGAAGGCGUUUGCACGUUCACCACAUCUUCAAGCACACCAGAGAACACACACAGGAGAGAAACCCUUCAAGUGCAGUGUGUGUGGGAAGGCGUUUGCACAGUUAUCUACUCUUUUAACACAUCAGAGAACACACACAGGAGAGAAACCCUUCAAGUGCAGUGUGUGUGGGAAGGCGUUUUCAGAUUUAUCGGCUCUUGUAACACACCAGAGAACACACACGGGAAAGAAACCCUUCAAGUGCAGUGUGUGUGUGAAGGCGUUUGCACGUUCAUCUACUCUUGUAAUACACCAGAGAACACACACAGGAGAGAAACCCUUCAAGUGCAGUGUGUGUGGGAAUGUGUUUGCACGUUCAUCUACUCUUGUAAAACACCAGAGAACACACACGGGAGAUAAACCCUUCAAGUGCAGUGUGUGUGGGAAGGCGUUUUCAGAUUCAUCUGCUCUUGUAACACACCAGAGAACACACACGGGAAAGAAACCCUUCAAGUGCAGUGUGUGUGGGAAGGCAUUUGCACAUUCACCACAUCUUCAAAUACACCAGAGAACACACACAGGAGAGAAACCCUUUAAGUGCAGUGUGUGUGGGAAGGCGUUUACACAGUCUGGAAAUUUGACACGGCACCAAAGAACUCACACAGGAGAGAAACCCUUCAAGUGCAAUGUGUGUGGGAAGGCGUUUACACAUUCAUCUCUUCUUGUAAGACACCAAAUAACUCACACAGGAGAGAGACCCUUCAAGUGCGGUGUGUGUGGGAAGGCGUUUGCACGUUCAUUUAAUCUUGUAGCACACCAGAGAACACACACGGGAGAGAAACCCUUCAAGUGCAGUGUGUGUGGGAAGGCGUUUUCAGAUUCAUCUGCUCUUAAAAAACACCAGAGAACUCACACGGGAGAGAAACCCUUCAAGUGCAGUGUGUGUGGGAAGACGUUUUCAGAUUCAUCUGCUCUUAAAAAACACCAGAGAACUCACACGGGAGAGAAACCCUUCAAGUGCAGUGUGUGUGGGGAGGCGUAUUCACAGUCAUCUGCUCUUGUAACGCACCAGAGAACACACACGGGAGAGAAACCCUUCAAGUGCAGUGUGUGUGGGAAGGCGUUUGCACAGUCAUCUGCUCUUGCAGCACACCAGAGAGCUCACACAGGGGAGAAACCCUUCAAGUGCAGUGUGUGUGGGAAGGCAUUUUCACAGUCACCAAAUCUUCAAGUACACCAGAGAACUCACACGGGAGAUAAACCCUUCAAGUGCAGUGUGUGUGGGAAGGCGUUUGCACAUACUGGAAAUUUGACGCAGCACCAGAGAACACACACAGGAGAGAAACCCUUCAAGUGCAGUGUGUGUGGGAAGGCGUGUGCACAGUCAUCUGCUCUUGUAACACACCAGAGAACUCGCACAGGAGAGGAACCCUUCAAGUGCAAUGUGUGUGGGAAGGCGUUUGCACAGUCAUCUACUCUUGUAACACACCAGAGAACACACACAGGAGAGAAACUCUGCAAGUGCAGUGUGUGUGGGAAGGCGUUUGCACAUUCAUCAAAUCUUCAAAGACACCAGAUAACUCAAAAAUUUGUAUUCGGUUACAAGGCAGAGCACAUCUAG